AUGCCCAAGGCUCCUCUAACUAGAAAUUUGCGUAAUACCAACUGGCAUAGGUAUCGGGAAGAGCUGGAUAGGCUUUUUCCAGAAGAUAGAGAGCCGACUACUCCAGCAAACCUAGAGGAGUUGGAAUAUCUUUUCGACCAUUUUACAGCCUGCAGUAAGGCAAUUGACAUUGCAUGCCCCAAAAAGCAGCACCGGGGUAGGAAAAAGCCACCCUGGUGGAAUGAAGAAAUCAAGAUUUCACGCAAGAAAUGCAGGAAAACCUUCAACCAGGCCACUGCGUCUGGUAGGGAGGGACAUUGGGAGACCUACAAGACAACGUUACGGGAGUACAAGAAGCUCCUAAGAAGGUCGAAAAGAACCUCAUGGAAAGACUUCUGCAACGGGGUGGAGUCUAUCUCAGAGGCAGGCAGGCUCAGAAAGAUACUCUCAGGUGCUGCCCAGAAAGCCCCAAGAUGCUUGCAAAGACCUAACGGCUCCUGGACUGAGACCGAGGAGGAAUCACUGGAUCUGCUUCUUUUCACACACUUCCCGGGUGCCACGGACAGCAUGCCGGUGCAGCCACAUCUAACUGGAGAUCCUUCGGUCACUGGAGACUUCCUCACUAAGGAAAAGGUCAUCUGGUCUAUUGGGACUUUUAAGCCAUAUAAAUCACCAGGUCCGGAUGGCAUUGCCCCCAUACAGCUGCAACAAACACUUCAGCGUGGCUACAUGCUAUAA